AUGAGGAAGGCGAUAGCCGCGGCAACCACUACAUUGAAGAUCACGCAGGGCUCGGAUAUAGACGGCGAUAGGCCGACCUGGGCCCCGACCGAAUGGAUGGUGCUAGAGUCCGCACUAACUGGAGGACUGGAAGGGGCGCCAGAGAAACGCCCGUUAACUUGGACUGACUUCCAUCAUGCCGACACCCUCUUCGGCCGUGUCAUCAUUCGCAGUCACUACAUUCCCGGACGGGGGGUUGCGGAUGGCCGAGUCGAACCUCUUGUUGAACCUUUCACGAAGGUGGACAAAGAAGACGCUGGAUCUAUAUUGAGGGAGGCAGUCGUGAUGACACCGGAAAUUGCAGGUUCGGGUGCAGAAGAGGAGAUCGACAAAGCUUUCAUUCACGAUUUCGUCCGUAGCGUGGACUCUGGGUGGACAGCGGAGCAGGUACGCGUAUCAAAGCUUUCUCAGCGAACGAAUACUUAUGCACCGAGGGAUAGAUGUGGGCAGUAG